AUGUGGGGGAAGAUCGUCUCGAGCGUCUCGAACGCGCUGGAUUUCAACCAAGCGACGUUGUCGGGGUGUAUCGACAUCAUCUGUGUGCGGUCGACGCACGACAAUAAGCUGCGCAGCACGCCUUUCCACGUUCGCUUUGGCAAAGCCAAGUUGCUGCGUUCGCGGGAGAAAACGGUGACGGUAACGGUGAACGGCGAGCUGACGAGUCUGCGCAUGAAGUUGGGCGCAGCCGGCGAGGCGUAUUUCGUCCACGAAGACGAGGGUCUCGGCGACCUGGGCGACGAGGAGUCUGCGAGCCCAAUUCUGUCUCCGCGGUCGAACGCGAGCGGCGAGGGCAGCUUCUGCCGGGCGAGCCUCGCUUCUCGAGAGCAAGACUGGAGAGGCCGAGAAGACGACGAGAAGGAGCGCGCAGAAGACGGCUCUCAGGCCGGGCACGGCGAGGACCGAGAGGCUGCCUGCGUGGGGAACGAGGCGAGCGCAGACGCCGCUACCAGAGAGGCCUCGCUCCCGGAAAGGCACCCUUCGGCAUCUCCCGCCGCUGAGGCCUUGUCGCCGCCCGACGACGGCAGACGCGCCGUUAUCGAUGGAAAGGAAGAGCCCGAACUCGGAGCGACGGCUGUGUCCCAUCCGGUCGCGCAGUCCGGCGCAGAAGCCGAACAGGAACGCGAGAGGCUGGUGGUCGGCGGCGUCGGCGCGCCUGCGGUCGCGCCUUCAGCGGCACAAAUCGACCGCGCCUUCCCGGAAGAUCAGCAGCUGGGCGCCGGCCCAGUCACGGACAGCCGAAUCGCUGCGGAGAGCCAGGCGGGGUCUGCGUCCGGAGUCAGUUUCUCGCUCUGUGGCCACAUGCUCACGGGCAGAGUGACAGAGGAGCAGCACGACAACGACGUCUUCAAUGCGAAUGUGGUGUCCUGGGAAGCCUUCGACAACAACCCUGCGCUGUGGUACCAUCCGUCGCUGGUCGCGAGAUUCGACGACAAGCCUCCGUACUAUCCAGGCAAAGUGGCGCUGCCGCUGCUCGCCUGCUGGCUAGUCUUCAACCGGCCGCUGUCUGUCGAGAGUCUCACGCGACUGAUGAACGCCGAGGUCACCGCGAAUCUCGAGCAGCCGAACUUCAGCAGCGCCUUGUCCUCGGCCUCGCGCUGGUUCUUCGGAAGCCGCACCUCCGCCCCGCCUCCGGCCAGCAAGAGCCUCACGCUGUUCCCGUAUCCCAAGGCCGGGACCGAGAGCACGGACGAGCGCGGGGCGCUCGGGCCCGCGGGCGAGGCUCCCCAAGCCGGCCCGAAGGCGCCCAUCGUUCUGGCGACAAACAACCCAAUUGCGCAGGCGACUGCGAGCGCAGCGGCGUCGGUGGCCGCCGUGGAAGAAGCCGCCGGCGUGCGGCGCGAGGAGGGCGAAUGGAAAGAAGGCAGUGCCUUGGCCUCACUGAAUCUGAAACCGGGUGCAAAUUCGAUUUGCUUCACAGUCAGCUCCUCCCUCCAGGGCACCAAGAGCGUCAUGGGAACCAUCUACCUCUGGCCUCAGUACCCCAAGAUCGUUAUCUCCGAUGUCGACGGGACGAUCACCAGAUCUGAUGUGUUGGGUCAGUUGAUGCCGAUCGUCGGCCGGGACUGGUCUCACGAUGGCGUUGCGGAGCUCUUCACCAAAAUCAAGAAGGCUGGGUACCUCAUUCUGUACCUGACUGCGCGAGCUAUCGGACAAGCCGACGCGACACGCGACUAUCUCUUCGGGCUGACGCAACAGCAAACGAAUAAGCUGCCAGAUGGGCCGCUCAUUCUGAGUCCCGACCGCCUCUUCCCCUCUUUCAAGCGUGAAGUGAUCGAGAGGAAACCUUACAUCUUCAAGAUCGCUGCGCUUCGCGAUAUUCGCAGCCUCUUUCCUCCGGAAUACAACCCGUUCUAUGCCGGUUUCGGGAACCGCGACUCCGACCAUCGCGCGUAUGUCCAUGUCGGCGUGGCGGAGGCGAAAGUCUUCAUCAUUGACCCGUCGGGCGCAAUCCACCAUAUCAACAACUCGACUUACGCUCGGACGUACGAAACAAUGUCAGAGAUCGCUGACUUCAUGUUUCCGCCUUUACCACGACCCGACGGAAGGCUGCCGUCUGAGGCGCUCAUCAAACAAGAGGAGGCGGAAGAAGAACAGGUGCGAGAGAGGAAGCGUCUCGCUUACACCCUCCACAUAGACGACGAGCAAAUGCAUCCUGCAGGUUUAUGCAAUGUGGUCUGUGCAAAUGCGGCUCGGUCCCUGCCAAUCCUCGAUUAA